AAAAUCGCCUGUGAGGGUUCGGGUUCAUUCGUUCGUUGUUGUGAUUUUUCCUGAGCUUAAAAAGUACAGUUUUUCUCAAAAAGUAGCUGCUAAAGAUACAGCUAUGGAUAUUGGAGUACCUUCUAGAUUUGCUGUUCUGAACAUCGAAGACGACGAAGUUCGGCCGGCGGGCGGCGGUUCCAGGAAGAAACUCGACAACAAUAAACAACCGACUAAAAAGCCAAACAGCACUGGCAAAGAUGCUUCGAAGUUAUCUUGGUCGACCGCCAAUGGCAAUAAGAAGAAGGGAAAUAAUGACAUGAAUGAGAAACCCAAGUCAUCCGGGAAACAAAGGCAAAGAAAAAAUAAGGAAGAGCUAGACACAAAUUGGAAAGAAUGGCAGAAAAAAGAUGCAAAAUUCGUCAAUGAUGUUUUCCAAGAACAGGUGGAAAGCGCUAUAUUACAAUCAAAACUAGAAUUUGAGCAACAAAGAAAACUGAAAGUAAUCAAAACUGAACCAGAAAUCACUCAAGGCAAAAAGAAAAAAGGAAAAACCAUGAGUCUUGAUCAGUUUUUGGACAAAAAUAAAGAGCCUGAUACUAAGGAACUUGACUCUAAAAUUAGCAAAGAUAACGAUAAAGAUUUCUUCCAAGAGAUAUAUGAAAAUACCAAGAAAAUUAUAACUAAAGACAAGGUGGAACAAAAUAGAAAGAAACGACAGGAUGUCGUUGUGCCAGAAGUUAUAAGUUUAGCACAAUGCCAAGAGAAACUAGAACUAGAAAGAGCGAAAAGUGCUGCAUUAGAAAAAGACUUAGAACUUGCUAAACAGGAAAUUGCUAGGGUUAAGAAGAGAAAUGGCAUGUUGUGUAGUAUGCUUAAACAAGGCGAGAUGAAAGACAAGGUUCAAGUCCUUUCAGAAUUAGAAAACCUGACUGUUGUUAAGGAGGAAUUAACACAGGAGGUGUUAAACUUGAAUAAACUUCUGGAAAAAGAGAGAUCAAAUAAAAUACCCUCCCAAAAUGAAUUACAUGUUAAACACAGCAAAGAGAAACUUCUACCAAGAAUUUUUCUUCCAACUCUUCAUUGCCUUGAGGACCUCCUACUCGGAACGGGAUAUUGAUUCUACUCUGGCAGUUUUUGUCAAUUGGACUACUGUAGAAAUUGUUUGAGGCCUUCAUUGCUUCAUAGAGCAGUCCGCUUUUUCUUGAUGAUUGGACUUCCAUGUUAUCUACACCUCCGUUUUUCUUGAUCCAUUGAAGGACUUUUUCCAUUACAUAGAC